CGAGAUGCUCGCUGAACUGCCUCUGAUUCACCUGCUCUCUUAGUUUGGCUUUGGUUACUUCUCACUGGUACUAUUACUCCUCCUCCCCUGUUCGUCUCUUGUUUACCUUGUUACCCUUGUUUACCUUUCCCACUACUACCACUACUUCCUCCUCUUCCUCCCCUCCCUAUCUUCCCUAUCUAUAUACCCUUAUAUCUAGUAUUACCCACCCACCCUAUCUUUAUCCCUUGCACUUGUGCCACUGGUCGCAUGGUCUAACGUGGAUCCCGUACCCGCGCGAAUCGUCAUGCCUACCGGAUUGCCUUAUUUGCAGAAACUGCGCAAGCCCCAACUUACAGAAUGGGCGGAGCUCACUGACCUCCAGGACUAUGAGGACCUGACCAAACCCGACCUCGCUGCCGCUCUGGACAGCCAUCUCCAAGCCAACGAGUCCAUCUUCAAAACCGACGCGCGCCUGGCCGAUUAUUACCGGCGACUGUCGCAAUCCCCGCGCGUUUACUCCCCCACCAAGAGAGCUCCCAAGGUCGAAGCCUCCCCGACGCCGGAUGAAGCUCCUCGAUCCGUGCGCCGAAGGCAGGUGAAGGCCAAGGUGGAGCGCGAGCCUACAGAAGAGUCCGAGCCUCAGACCCCCGGACAGGUGGUGGGCGUGCAGCCGCCAACGAUGUCAUCGCUGGUGUCGGAGCUACCGCCCUCGCCGGCGGUGGUUACCGACGUGAUUGAUCGCCAGACAGCCGCGUGGGGCAAGUCCGUUAGCGAACUGUGGUCGGGAACGGGUGUGCACGAGCGCACCGAGUCGCUCCGCUCCAACCUUAGCAGUGUCAAGGCCUUUGGCACGUUGAUAUUAUCGGUCGAAGCCCUGAACGUGUUGCGGGCUGUUGUGCCCAAGAAUUACGUGGGCACCGUCCCCAUGCCCCCAUGGACGCAUGUCUCGGACUUGGAGAUCGCCAUUCCGGACCUUUUCGUGCUGGUUGAGGGGCAUUUCUGGGCUGUUGUCUCGCUGUGGGCGUUGAUUAGUGCGGCGCUGCCUUUUACUGUCGCGUACUUUUUCAAUCUUAGCUUGCAGGCUGCGCAGGCUGGGUCGUCCUCUACGCAUACGCGUCGCAGUCGCUCGGGCGUUCAUGCGAGCUUUGAUCCGUUGAGCUUCUAUAUUGCCAAGGCGGUGAUCACGUAUUUGGUGUAUACGGAGCAGUUUACCUUCUGGGGCACUUACCAGGGGUUGACGAUUGAUCGGUUGGAGGGGUCUGUUCCCGGGGGGUUGAAUGGGGCGUUGGCGGGGUGUGCUAUUGGAGUGAUUGGGACUUUGUAUGAAGCUAUUCUGAGGAAGUGAUGUAUAGUUUGCAGGUUGGUGCAGCAGUGGGUGGACAGAGUACAGAUGAUCUGAGUUAGAGGCGAGUGGAGGUGUUGAUUGAUUAUUCUUUCCUUUUGAAUUCGUUUUUGUCACUUCUAUCUAUGUUGUCUAUUGUCUUGUUUCGGGUCAGGGCGUAUCAGCGGACUGGACUGCUGUUACUGCUAUGUUGCUUUGAUGGCGAUGGGGCGCUGUAGUAUUGCUUGAUAAGUUCAUAUUAGUCUAACUGUUAGGAUGAAUGAAUACCAACAACAUCUAUAUACCAACCGUC